CACAAAAAUCCUCAGCAGCCCCCAACACAUUCCUUUUUCCUACUCACAGCUCACAGAACAUUGCUAGGGGGAAAUCUCCAUUUGUAGAGUUUCCACAGAUGAACUGGGUCACCUGUGAUGAUGUAAAUGGUGUCCCAGCAGCAGAUCCUUCUUUCUAGUAGCAGAGGGGCACUUAUCCUGCAUUCAGGGGCCCUUUAGCUGGUUCUAGCUACUUUAAAUUGUACCCUAAAUAUAAUACCAUUGUUAAUUCCUCUACUCUGUUAAUAGAAUGCGGAGGCAUACUGAAAUUUUCAGCAAAUAAAUAUUUGGAUCUCAUGUACAAGCACAUUCUGUUGCAAGGUUUCCACUUCUAGACAUGGACAAAAUGAACUGCGUUCUCCUAGCAGCGUUCAUUAUUCUAACCAUAUCCUGCAAUUCUAGCUAUGCACUUCGAUGUUAUAUCUGUGAACAAAGUCCUAUUCUCUGUAGAACCAACCUUACCUGUUCUGAUGAAGAAGAUGCUUGCUUGCAAAUUAGGAUGAUACAUUUGAGAACUUACAAGUGCUGGAAAAUGUCAAAAUGCAGCAAAGAAGUUGUAGCCCAGGAGUUUAGUGUGGACAGUUUUAGACACCUUUGCUGCCAAAGAGAUUUCUGCAAUAAGAGUCCAAGCCUCAUCAAUACAGCUCCCCUUGGUAUUUCUGCAGUGAUUGUGGUUUGGAUGAUGUCGCUGUAAUAUGGAGAUUCAAAGUACUAUAUUCUCUGCAUAUCCCAAUCCUCCCCAGACCUAUGAGCGCUUUUACUGCAACAACUAAAGCUAUUUGAAGAAGCCAUUUGUUUUCGAUCAGAAGAGAGUUAAAGCUAAGCCAGAAAAAAAAGAGAAAAUAUAUCCUUAAAUGUGGAAAACCAGUUUUGUAAAAAGGAUUCUCACUCAGUGCAUGUUGAUGGUCUUUGACAAUUGAGCCUACUCCUUAAUAUUUAAUAUUUGGUUAAUCUGUAUCCAUGGGAAGGAAAUUGUUUAAACUCUUUUGUACAAAAGCUGAUUCUCAUUUUUUUUUUUAUCACCUUCAACACUUACAUGUUAUCAGCAAAUAUGGCUAUUGUAUUUCACAAAUCACUUUUAACUCAAGCUCAUUAUAAACAAGUUUUAGAGGUUACCAAGAUAAAUGGUUGCAUGAUCCCACUGUCUAUAGUCCUCCAUUCCCACAUUUGUCUUUCUAUUUGUUUUAUAACGUUAUAGAAUCUCCACCAGUUAUCCAGGUGUUAAGCUAACUGAUCUGCAGAGAACUCAUAUAUAUGCAGUACACUGAGUAACUACACAGCGUUGCUGUUUCAACACUUAUUUCCCAAUCCUUAGCACAUUUACUCACAGAUCCUUAUAUCAGUGGAGCUUAAUUUAAAAGUAUAACCUAAGAAAUGUUUGCCUUCCCCUUUUUCAUUGCAUUGUUUUCUGUGAGCACUGUAUCCAAUAGAGAAAUUCUGAAAAACAUUACUUAACAGUGUCCUUCCUAUGAUAGGCCACAGCAUGCCAUUGUAAAAGUAUACUGUAUACAGCCAAUUGUUAACAUUCUUUUGCAGAUUUCCCCACAUGUUUAGAACUGUUGGUAUAUUAAAAGUAUUGGAACAACUGUAUGCAAUGCGUUGUACUUACACUAUAUGUAUAAACGCUCUUGAGAGAGCCCUGGCUUUGCUUUGAUAUGUAUAAAUCCUGUGGCUUUGUAUCUUAAGAUUAAUAGCCUAUAACAUUAUUGUAACUUAUUUUAGUGAGAAGUAACAUGGCCCAAGAAGGCAAAGCUGAUGGACAAAGAUUAUUCACUUUCCCCCACUAAUUAAAUGAAGGGAUUGAUAUAGUCUGUAUACAGAUUCAGUUAGAACUGAGAGAGAAACCCCAAAGGAGACAGAAAUCUGAUUUUCUGCAACAAAUUUUAUGACUUACACUAUUGAAGGAACCCAACUAUUGGGGCUUGUUAAACAAACUAGCACCAUAUAUGAACACAGUGACCCUGAAUCUUGGAAAACAAUAGGGAAACUUGCUGAAAAAUCAAAAAGAAAAGCACUGUCCUUGUGUCUGUACUGAUUUAACCCAGUUGCUUAGAUUUACACGACACAUUGAACACGUACAACUAUCCUGGCUGAGUUCAUACCAUGACCUAAGCCACAAAGUAAGCAAUCACAUUUUACCCUGCUGUAGUGUGCAAACCAGCCAUUGUUUCUUUAGUCCUUAAGGUAGAACUUAACAGGUGGAAGUUUUCAUUCAACAAGAAAAAUAUUAUCACCUGUUUAUAUAAAUUGUAAUUUAGUUACACAUUUAAUAGGGCUAUUUGAUCACAGUGAACACUAUACAGAGGUAUAAUCUAUCAUCAUCAUCAUCUUUAUUUUGGUCAUUGACCAAUAAAAAUA